AUGACAACUCCACUGAUGUUCCUGGUGAAGAGUGGCGAUUCCCAGUCCAUCACCUGGUUCAUGGACGAGCUUGCCAAGCGAGGCCUAUUGGAGCAGGCUCUUGGAUCUUCCACUUUGUUUGGAAGUAGCCCCUUGAGCAUCGCCAUCCAGAUGGACAUCCACCUAGACGAAGCGCUCUUGACGCGUCUCGCGUCGCCUAAGGCGGCUGCGGUGCGUCGCUACGAUGGCAAGACUUGUUUGCACUUGGCAGCUUCGAGCUGGGGAAUGACUGGUUGGAAGGUGAAAGCAAUUAGGCGAGAGAACUUCAAAGAUGACCGUGCUGUAGCCUUCGAAGUGACAUUGAAGGCAGCCAAGGCAGCGGGGUGCCUCGACGCUGUGGAUGCCAAGGGUUGGACUGCGCUGUGCUGCGCGCUGGCAACUUCAGGUCCAAACGUGACGAAGAUGCUGGAACCGCUCCCAAAUGGAUUUUUGGGCGGAGACUUUGCAGAGAAGGAUGCUCAUAUCGCUUGUGCAGAAGCUGAGAUGUUCAAAGCCUUUGCACAGAUCGAAGAGGAUCUGAAGAAGAAGGGAGUCACCCCGGCAUUGGGGGUCUCCGGCGCCUCUGCAGAACGCAAAGUCCUUGUAGUCGAGGGCAUGGGAAAGCAUGUCAAGUGGGGUUUCGACGAGCUGGGCGCCUAUGUGAAUGGCCUCAAGCAUCCAGAUGCCGAGGCAGCUGGUAUCAAGCACGGGAUGCGCCUCGCAAAGGUUGGAGAUCAGUCAAUGGCAGGGAUGCAGAAAGCGCAAAUCAUGGAUGCCUGGAAGAAUUUGCAGGGCUCCACGGCAGUCUUGACCUUUGAGGAGGCUGGAACGGCGACAGCCUCCCCGGCCCCUGAACCAGCUGCCACGCCCGCCCCUGCAGCCGGAGCAUUUGGUUUUGGGGGAGGUGGCUUGGGCGCUCCUGCUCCAGGCGCCUUUGGCGCUCCUGCUCCAGGCGGCUUUGGCGCUCCUGCUCCAGGCGCCUUUGGCGCUCCUGCUCCAGGUGGCUUUGGCGCUCCUGCUUUUGCGCCCGCCUUUCGAGCUCCAGCAGGUGGAGGCUUCGGAGGUGCAUUCGGGGCAAAGCAGCCAGGGCCUGGCUUUGGAGCCCCUGGCUUUGGCUUAGCCUUUGGAGCUCAACCGGCUGGCCUUAUGGCUGUGAAGAAGGCAGGUGUGAAGGCAGCUGGUGGUUUUGGAGCUGGAGGUGGUUUUGGUGGAUUUGGCGCACCCGCAUCAUUCGGCACACCUGCUGAAAGCCAGCAGCAGGUUCCAGAGGUCGUUCAAGAGAUUAAAGCUCCCGCGAUGGUAAAUUCAGCAGAUGCAUGCUACUACAGUCCUGAUGCCGCUGGCAUGUACAGCAGCUUUUCAUGUCACCUUACUCAAGGUAGAUGGUACUUUGAGUUGCAGCAUGUGCACAUCCAGGAUGGAAAAAUCGGAGUAGCUCUUUGCAAGGACCCCAUGCGCGCGCCUGAAGUGACUUGGAUCUCAGAUACUAGACCAUGGAAAGAGGAUUGUUCUAUUGGUGUGGCUUUGGAUUGCGAUGCAGGUACAGCAAGAUUGGUCAUGAAUCAUGUGUGGGGUAAGGAGACCACCAUUCCGCGCACAGAUGCCGCUAGUACCCUGAUUCCGGUUCUCUGCGGACAAGGAGCAUGCGCCUUGAGCUUCUCAAAAUCACAAACAGCUCCAGAGUCCAAGAGCCUUCCUUUCCAGUCAAUGCGUGAGGCAGUCUGCAAAGCUGUGGGAACUAGUCGCUUGGUCCAUGCCUUGCUGGAGGCUGGGGCAAAGCCGAUGGUGCAUGGGAAAGAUCGCCCACACACUGUGCACUUGGCCACAAAAGCAGAGGAUGCGCAAUCACUUCGACUGCUGAGUAGGAGCAAGGCAGACCUCAAUGUCACAGACCCUGUCUCUGGUCGGUCUGCGCUUCAUAUCUCCACGUCCAAAGGUUGCCUGGGCGUGGUCAUUGCAUUGCUCUCUUCGCGGAGCGAUGUGAACUUCCCCGACCCUGUGGAGGGACAUGGCCACCUCGGUGCUGCCUUGUACGGGCAACAAAGGGCUCACCCACGCCUGGCCUUGCAUACAGCUGUGGAGAAUGGCUCUGAUGCAAUGGUGGGACAGCUGGUUCAAGCCAGAGCAGAUGUGGGAGUACCCAUUGAGACGCGUCAGGUGGUGACCAACAAGAUGUGGCUUCCAGUGCCACCUGAACCAGCGGCCGAGCCAAAUGGCGCCAAGCCUGCUGAUCCAUUCAGGAAGAAUGGUACACGUGUUGGAAUUGAAGCAUCCUUGGCUCUCGAGCUUCUGCGCAGUCUCAAGAUCAAAGAAGAAGAUCUCGAAGCUGCUCUGUUACAUGUCACGAAGCGGGCAAAACAGGUGGCAGGUGUAGAUGCUGACUCUGACGCGUGCGAGGCCGGCAUUCUUUGCAUGUUUUGUGGUACGGUGGAGUCCCUGCCCAACGAAGCGGACAAAAGCCUCUUCGCUAUUGGUGGUGGUGACUUUGCGCCUUUGUUGCAGAAGCCUGAGAAGAAGCUGCAGCUCCUCGUAUCUCGAGAUAAGCUGAUGUAUUACCAAGCGGUUGAGACCAUCAAGAUCACCUACGCGCAACCAUUACAAAAGGCGGCAGCGAGGAACGCAACUGCAAUGGUGAAGGUCUUGCUGAAUGCUUCGGCUGAUACUGCGGUGGCUGACACAAAAGAUGGACGUCAGGCAAUGCAUCACGCAGUGGAGCACCUGAAUGAGUUCAUGGUCCACUUGCUUCUCGAGAAGAGGCCACCUUUGGAUACACCUGACAGCACUGCCAACAAGGCCACUCCGCUCUUCUAUGCUGUUCACGCUGCAACCAGCAAUAAACCUCACGGCAGUCCAAUUAUGGAUGACCUUCUCCAAGCCAAGGCUAACAUCGACAAGGCCUGCUGCGUCGGAGGGCACAUGGCCUUGCACGUGGCCGCAGGGUGUCGACACCUGCAAGUCCUUCAGCAGCUCCUGGAUCAACGUGCCUCACCAUGCUCCGUGGACCCAUCCAAGCGCACUCCGCUCCACUGGGCGGUGAACUCCGCCUCCGCCAGCGAGCCUUCUUUCAACGCAGAGCGGUUGCUGCUGAACGCCCGAGCUGAUGUCAAUGCAUUGGACAUCCAGCACCGAACGCCCCUGCACUAUGCCUUCGUGAAGAAGGAGAGGCAGCUGGACAGCUCAGCAGCAGACCCUGUAGAGACCGUGACGAGUAUGUGCGCCAUCGAAGGCGUUCAGGUGGACGUGGCAGACGAGUUUGGUGCCACUCCACUGCUUUGUGCAGCGCGCCGCGGGGCGACCAUCUCAUCGCUCUACUUGGCGAAGCGCGGAGCAUCCUUGCAGAGCAGGGACCAUGUGGGGAACGAUGCUUUGGGGAUUGCCUUGGCCAGUGGCCACGACCAAUAUGGGAUCACCUUGCUAUCCCAGGGUGCGGGAGAUGUGGAACGGCCCAUGCGUCACUUGCGACGUGUCUCAGCCUCUGAUGAGACCUCCCAGAAGCGACAGAAGAUUGAACCUGGUCCACCACUGUCCCUCUUUCGAGAGUCCACCUCUCGGCAGUGGCUUGGGCUUUCCUACCUUCUGCUGGACCAUGGCUAUCCAUUUCAUGGCGCCAUUCAAGAUGCAUUGGAGCUCGGCGAGUUUCGCUUGGUCUUGACUCUUCUUUCAAAGAUCAAUCCCUCGGAAAAUCACGUUCUGCAGCGUUUGGAUCCCAUGCAGAGGAACUUACUCCACGCCUUGGCGGGUUUUGGAAAGACCUUGGCGCCGGAGGCCACGGCUAUUGCGGAUGAGCUUCUCAAGCGCGGCCUUGCGCCCCUAGCACUUGAUGUGGAUCAGCGACUUCCUUUGCACGAUGCUGCCAUGAAUGCUCACAGGGACUUGUGCCGCUGGCUGAUUCGACAGGAUCAAGCGCAGUGUGCUCGGAAGGAUGUUGAGGGUCAAGUGCCGGUGCACACGAUUUGCACUCGACAGUGGCUUCAGAGUCAUUCGGAGGCAGACCAUUUGGCCUUCCUCGACAUGGUCUUGCCGCUCCAUACUGCAGCAGCACAGAUGCCCUUCAAGUAUGCGCAUGGGGCCCAGCUGGAAAUUGAGAGCUGCAAGAUAUCUGGCCGCGAUGUGAAAGAGCUCGGACCGAAUCCCGAGGUGAAUGUGCCCUUGGUGAACGUUGCAGCCAAAGCCUUCCAAAAGUCCGUGGCAAGGCUGUUGGAGGCCGGAAGUGAUCCCAACAUGAAGGACGGUCGCAAUGCAACAAGCCUUUGUGGUGCUUUGCAAAGUUCGACGGGCUCAAAAUUGGAAGUUGUAAGGCUUUUGUUGUUUCAUUCAGCAGAUGCGAACGAGCGGGAUGGCAAGGGCAACACACCAUUGCACUACGCAGUUCUUUCUGACCAGUGGCCAGUGGAAUUGAUCAUGGAACUAGCCCGUGCGAGCGCAAGCUUCACGGAAGCUCCUUCAAGAGACGGUGGGUCUUUGGUCUUGGAUGCGCUAUCAAGGCCACAGGAUGUGCUUGUGAAGGUCCUGAAAUUGGGGGCAUCUCCAAACCAGGGUCUGGACGCCAAGGGCCGGGCACCAAUCCUGGUCGCGGUGGACAAGCGCAUGACCUUUGCAAUUUCUGCUUUGCUCUCUGCAGCGGCCAACCCGACAGCGGUGGAUUCCUCAGGUCGUUCAGCCUUGAGCGCAGCCAUCCAGAUGUCAUCAUGGAAUACAGCUGAAGCUCUGCUCAAAGCAGGUGCCAGCCCAGAAAAGGGUUGCGAUAUGGAGGGGCACAAGCCACUCUUGGCAGCGACGAUCUCGGGCAAUGCUGCUUUAGUCAGACAUUUACUGCAGGCCAAGGCAGAUACCUCCAAAGCGGGAGAAGACAAACUUGGACGAUCAGCAUUGAGCAUUGCAGUGCUGGCCAAUCGCAAAGAUGUGGUGGAUGAACUCUUGAACGCAAAAGCAGACCCCGGCCAGAAGGACAAGAAGAUGCGGAAUUCACUUCACCACUGCAUCCAGCCGAAGCCACAUCUCUCCCAUGAAUGUACUCGGCAUUUGGCUGCUAUGCUGCGCACUCCAAAGGGCCUGGAAGCUGCUCAGACGCCUGACAACCAAGGCCUCACACCAGUGUCCUUGGCUGUGAAGCAAGGCUCUGGUCGCAUGGCUGCUGUUUUGGCCGCAGCUGGGCUCCAGGUGCAUAUGGACAUUUCUGAGCUCAAGGCUCCCAGCAAUGCCAAGCCGGACCUGGAUGCCGAUGCGCGUAAGGAGUUGGAACGGGUGGAGGCGACCGUGAAGCGCACCCCCAUUCCCGUGCACAAGGCCUAUGGAAUGACCGGAGAGAACAAGGUCUUUGCAGAGAAGGAAGGUGAAGAGUAUGAUGCCUUGCUCUUCAAGGUCGAUCUAAAGCGUGAUGAGAUGCGCUUCUACCAUCUCCAGCUGGUCUAUGAAACGAACAAAGACCUCUACGUCCUCUUCACCCGUUGGGGGGGAGAUUGGCGAGACUGGCAUGUUCCAAAGGACUCCAGCUGCCAACAAGGAAGAGGGGAUGAAAGAUUUCUGCAAAGUGUUCAAGGAAAAGACUGGAAAUGUCGCUUUACUGCAUUUGGCCAGAUCGCAUAUGGAUGA